AUGUGCAAGAGGCUAGCUUCAACCAUAAAGCUCGCAGCUGUCGCUGCCUCCAUCGCCGCCGCCAUCACCACCACCAUGUCUUGCUCCAUAUCGCCUCUGUCGUCUGGAACCGGCUUCGCCAUAGCUAAAAGGCUGGGCUUGGAAGGUGCUUCCGUCGUCAUCUCUUCUUGCAAGCAGCAAAAUGUUGAAGAGGCUGCAGAGAAACUUAGGGCUAAAGGAAUUAAAAUUUUGGCCCUUGUUUGCCAUGUCUCCAACGAUCAACAGAGAAAGGAUUUGAUUCAAAAAACCGCACAGUGUGGAAAUAUAGAUGUGAUUGUGUCAAACGCAACUGCAAAUCCUUCUGUUGACCCUAUUUUGCAAACCAAAGACUCUAUUCUUGACAAGCUUCACUUGCCCUGCAAAGUAUUCGUUGAACAUCUAACAAAACUGCAUAUAUCUUCUUGUUUUAAGUCUGAUAAUUAUUCGUAAUAUACUGCAUAGGCCUUGGCUGCUGAGAUGGCCCCAAACACUCGUGUAAACUGUAUUGCUCCCGGUUUUGUGCCAACUAAUUUUGCCUCGUUUAUUACCAAUUAUCAAACAUUAUCUGAAUACUAUUUUCAUGAUUGA